GUUGUAUUUAAGGACGAUUUCAGAAUCCAGACUAGCGUCGAUUUUGUGUGAUGAGUAGAAGCGUGAAGUUUUUUUUAAAGUGAACAUUCUAGGAAUGUGUAGUUAAGGUAGUGUUUGUUGAUGUUAUUGGAACAGGUAGCAGUGUUUUGAAGAUGUUAUUGGAACAGAUAGUAACGUGAUGUCAUCAUCAGGCGUAGAAAUGCUGUAACAGCUGUGGUUUUACAACGAAAUGUUUACUAAAUACAGUCUGCAGUUAAACGGACGUUAAAGAAAACACGCGUUUAAAGUGUCUGAUUGUUUAGUAAGCAGAACUGGGGGAGUUGCUGUACUCGUGGACGUUUACAACCCUGAAAUUACUUUGAUGCUUAUGUAGCUGUCUGGUUAAUGUAGGAACAUCUGAGCCUUUUAUGUGUGUUUGGAUCCUCUAAUUUUCUUAAUCACCCACUUUUCUACUAACAAAAGGCAGCUGAAGAUGCUUUCACGAUGGUGAGAUGAUGGGCCAGUGUUCACAGCUAAUGGAUGACAUAUUUGGGCAGUUAUGAUUAAUCGUCGAUGGCGGUCUUUUCGAGAAGCGAGCAGAAUUCUGAAAGUGGAGGCAGUAUGUUACUCGGAAAUGUUGGUACGCACCUUUAAAUGCAAACGGUGUCCGAAGGGCCAUCAACGACAUCUUCACCGCUGCGAGAACAUCGGUUAAUUUAUUGGUUUAAUUAAUACAAGUGUGGCAGAGGCCCUGAAGAGAAUAUUACGACAGACAGACAGACAUGGGCGGGGCAGUAAGGUUCUCACGGCGACGAAUAUGAAGGACCUGGGUGCUGCAUCGGGGUUGACAGUAGUGAAGAUCAAGCAAGAACCAUUGACGGCCUCCGAUGGACAUAUUAAUGUGUCCGGCUAUGACCAACAGACGUUGCUGCAGACCGGUCAGCUGCCACCUUCUCUGAUUCCCACGAAGGAUGAAGCGUACCAUAACCAUCAUCAGACUACUCUACAGAAGGCCCUGGUCGCCACUCAGCGCCAUCUGGAGUACGUCGCCAACAAAAUCUGCGGAGUCGGCGCUGCGGUCAGUAGGCCUGCUGGUGGCUCCAAGGUCACAGUCGUGUCCACCGCCCAGACGCAGAACGGUUCCACCUCGACUACGACCACGACGAACUCGACGUCCGACGCCGACAAGAAACCGCCAUAUUCAUACGUAGCCCUGAUCACCUUGGCGAUACAGAACAGCCCCCAGAAGAGGGCAACCCUGUCCGAGAUAUAUGCGUACAUCUUAACCAACUUCCCGUACUACGAGCAGAACAAGAAGGGCUGGCAGAACUCGAUCCGCCACAACCUUUCUCUUAAUAACUGCUUCAUCAAGGUACCUCGAGAAGGCGGCGGCGAGCGCAAAGGAUGCUACUGGAUACUAGACUCGCAGUCCGGAGACAUGUUUGAGAACGGGAACUAUCGUCGACGGCGCCGAAUGAGGCGUCAGUACCGCUCGACUUCCUACACCAAGCCGUUGUACGGAGACACACCAGGGUUCCGCGGCCCAGCCCGCCAGUUGCCCUUGGGAACUCGUAACCUAUUCCGAGCGCCGUCGGCGUACCCACCGCCGUACACGCCAUACGACCCGAGCGCUGCUUGGUCGCUGCAGUCGCCAUAUCCUCCGUGUCAGACCCGAGGCGCCCCCAACCCCACAACACACACCCAAAGCUUCAACCCUUACAGCCAGUUCCAGUCACAGCUGCAGCCAGUGCAGUCCAUGCAGAUCUCGGCCACAAUGAAUGGCUACAACCAGACGCUCACCACCGCCGGCCUAGGCGUAGGGACUGCCACGGCUCCUGGGUUCGGAUCUGGAUUUUCCCCCUGCAGCCGACAUCAUGACCCCGCUACAGCAGCCGCCGUCGUCGCUGCCGACGCCAUGCGUUAUUCCUAUUGGCCAGAGGUCGUGGUGAGUGAUGGGACGGGUGCCGCAACGUCUGCUGGCGGCACCUUCACCGGAGUCGACUUCAGCAUCACAAGUUCUUCGCGGCCAAAAUGCUUUAUGUGAAUAAUUGUGUAAUAAAUCGAAGUAGUCGGCGAUACAAACCGUUGCGGAUGUUUACAGAUGGCUUGUAAAGUCUUGUCAAAUGAUUUCAUUCACAAACUUAUUUAUUUAAAUCAAAUUAAAUUCUGCUCGUGUGUUAGCGUUGAUUUUCUCAUUUUAUAGGAUAAAUUGUUUUUAGUUCGGUGAUUUUGUAUACUUGUCAACGUCUUAACCGAGUAGUAAAAAAAAAUAAUACGCUAGAGGUAACGAAUUCAGGUGUCGGCCGCGAGUUUCCGUUCUUAGGUUUUUAUCUGUGAUGUUCGUCAUUUGUUAUGAAUGUUAGCAUAUUCCCUUCAAAUCGGCUGCAACAGUUUCCGAAUUCUAACGAACUACACGUGACAUUAAACUACAUAAUCGGCGAAUAAUCCAUUAAUCAGUAACCCACUUUUUGAUCAUUGAUGUUUUCUGUUAUGUUAAUCAUUGUCACUUCCUUUAUAGACCAUUUCGCUUGUUUGUUGUUUCCAAUUUCUUUGUCAAAUCCGAAGACAACGGCUUUCCUUUGGUGAGUUCGUCUCCGAAGUCGGUGUCACGUCACAUUAAAUUAGUAUUAUAAAUGCUUUUAUACUUUUAAUUAUGCUAACUUUUAAACAACUUAAACGAAGAACGAAGGCAGUGAUUUUAAACCUGGGAAAAAUAUAAUUUCCAUUGAGUUCAAAGAUUAAAAAUUUAAAGUUUAAUGACUUGUUUAGUACCGUACAUUCGAUCAACAUAAAUGUGCAUUCAUAGAUAAAAAUAAUUGAUUACUUAAACAGUUUGUAUUAAAUAAAAUUUAUUAUUAUAUUAAUCGUAUCAUCCAUAUCAGUACAUUCAUUUAUUUUGGGUCCCUAGGAAAUUAAUUUUAAUGACCACUCGUAUUUUUACUUAUUAGUCUCCAUGGUCUUACGAAUUGUUAAUAGCCCUAAUUUUUAGUAAUGCCUUCGCCAGUUUACUUACAAUUCCCUUGUGAUGUUUGGAGUUUAGUUAUCUCCUUUCUAUCUAUACAAGUCAUUAAGUAAUAUUACUAAUAGGUUUCGACCUACACCCCCACAAUUUACCCGUGAUAUAAGAAGUAAAUUUCAUUUAUACAUGUUUUAAUUUGUUUUGUUUAAUUUUAAAACAGAAAUUAUAUGUCUGUGUUAAUAGUUUUUUAUUCUUAUAGAUAACUGUAAUUAUGUUUGGCAGAUGUACAUUGUGCACAAAGAUCCUAUUUGUAACUAGAACGAGGACCUCAAGUGAGGUUCUUAACUGUAUCUACGUAAGUAAUCGUGACUUCAAAAUAGAGACCCUUUAAUCAGUAAAUUCCAUCCGUCAUUAAUAUUCCGUCCAGUAGAUUUUUGUUCUGUUUCUGGUUUCAGAUCAGAGCCCGUUAAAUUCCUUCACUGUAACAAUGAAAGCCAUUGGAUGUAAGAUCCUGAUAUUAUGUGUGUAAUCAUUGGGUAAUACAUGAAGGAAGACCUUGGUUGAGAUUUUUGUUGAAAUAAGAGAAUUUGUAUUGUUGAGGUCUCUACUUUUUCGAACUUUGAAUGAUUGGUGUUGUGAUCGUGGUAAUUGUGCAAGUAAGAUAUUGUAUAUUGAAUAAACGACUUGGCGUUGUGUUUCUUCCUAA